AUGGCCCGUAUCAAACACGGGGUCUUCUCAUGGGAGGAUGUGCUGCUUCAGCGGUAUCAGAGUAAAUCACUGUCUAUCCUUGUCUUGACUCUCUCUAACAGACUUGAAACAGGCCACAAACCCUCUCCCCUCCCCCGUCGCCAAACAAUAGAAAGCCCCUCCCCCCAACUCCGAAGCCGACUCCUCACCCGGCUAUCACCGGAGCUUCGGCUACUGAUCUGGGAAUUUGUCCUGGCCGACCAACGAAUCCACAUCAUCCAAUGCAGCAAGCAGCGACUCAGACACGUGGUGUGUCCAUGUGCGCUCGGGCCUAAAACCAAGUCUUCAUCCCCCAAACGCCACACACGCCAGAGCAGCAAUUUAUUCUGCGAGAUCUGCCAUGGCACGGGCAUCUCCCAGCCGGCCAAAGAAGCCGAUCUCCUCCGCUGGAACAAGGUUAAGCUACUGGGUCUAGCGUUGACUUGUCGGCAGAUAUACCAUGAAUCCAUCCCCCUCCUCUAUACCCUCCCAACCCUAGAAUUCAGUAACCCCUGGACCCUCCCAUAUCUCCUUCCAACGAUCCCGCCAGAACACCGGGACCGCAUCCGCGCCAUCGAGCUACGCUGGUCCUUCCCAGGCCACUGGUUACCGAGCAAGGACUCCGUGCGCGCGGUGUAUGUGUCCGCUGGACGAGCGCAAUGGAGUGAAACGUGCCGGGCUGUAUCCCAACUGGGAUCACUGCGGUCAUUCGUGCUCGUGUUGGAGAGUAGUUGGUUCAGCGAGCCUGUUGAGAAACUGGCGGGGUUUUUGGAGCCUUUGAAGGGGGUGGUUGUGAGGUCUGUUUCGAGACGGGGUUGGGAUUCGGAGUAUUGGGAAUGCAGUGGGAAGAAGGAUUAUGGGGAUGUUGAUGGGGAGGGGGAGGGGGAGGGGGAGGGGGAGGGGGAGGGGCAGGGGGGGUUCAGUUCGGAUGACGACUCUUGUAAGAGUUUAGGGUCUGAUUCCGGGUCGCUUUCUUCUAUGGGGGCUUGCGAUUCGAAUGCUACGGCUAUGGCUGGGUCUCGGGGAAGUUGGGAGCUGAGGCUGCAGGGUCAGUCUUAUUAUUUGCAUCAAUUGGAUCGUAUAGGGGCAGAUCUUCGUCGGAGGGGCAUCGACUGCUGGAUCUCAGCGGUGUGA